AUGGCCGCUGCCACCAACUCUUUGGUCCCCGCUCAACGCUUCGCGGCGCCAACUCAAAUGCCAAUUAUGCCAGACAUGAUGGCCCCUAUCAUCAUCACCAGCGAGCCGGUCAAGCAGGCUUAUGAAGACACGACUCUGAUCGUAGAUUCGACACCAUAUACCCCGCGCACGGUGGCCCAAUGGCCUACCAAAACAAUCAACGGGUCGACCCCAGCCACUGUUGAGAUCUCAACUGAAUACCAGAGCCUGGAAUCGGCUUCCCCGGGAGCCUACGCCACCUAUACCAAGCCCCCAAUGCCCACCAUCUUCCGAUACGAGUUCAUCCUCCACAAGGCCGAGAAGUCACAGAAGGAAGACUACCCAUCCGAGGAAGAAGAUGAUAUCCAUCUCCGCAACAAACUCGCUGCUGCUAAGUGUCGACGUAAGAAUCAGGACGAAGCUGAUGGCCUGGAGGCCUUGUCACGGGAUAUUGAGCCCAAGAACCAUUACUACCUGAUCCAGACCAAGACCGAGAGGCGUGAUGAUGUGUACUACCUUAAGAACGAGAUACUUCACCGCUCCGAGUGUGACUCGGACCUCAUCCAGGACUAUCUCCUCGAUGAAGCUGAUUAUGAAGCGAAGAAAGGUACGACCAAAACCAUUUCCCAGCGCACCGGCACUGGCAAGAUGCCGCGAACUCUGAAGAUUGCCUAG